CAACGCAUCCGCGAAGCCUUCCGCACGGGCACAAGCGAGCAAUCGGCAGACCCACACUUUGAGCAGCGGGUGCAAGAAGCCGAGCAGAUGGCGCAGUAUGCGCGUGCGCAGCGGACGUAUGCAGCUCUUGUGGAGCGGUAUAACCCCGGGAUGACGAUGACGGAGAAGGAGAAGAUUCGGUUGACUGCUAGACGGGUCGGAUUUGAUUUGCCGAUUGCGGAGGAGGGGGGAAGGAGGAUGAAUGGGAUCGGCUACGAUGGGAUACAUCGGAUUCGGGGUGUUGGAGGAAGUGCGGGGAUGGAUAGAGACUGAUUUGAUUGUAUUAUAGCAUUACUGGAGUUACGGCAUGACAUGACCUGUUCAGGACUAUGGUUGGCAUAUAUUCAAUUGCAUCGAUCUGGGUUCUUGUCUCUUGUGCAAUUUGGGGCGGGUUCGCAGCGGUGGCCGUUGUGCGAGCAUGUCUAGCCAUGCGUCUGAUGUGCUGACGCUGAUGGGCCGCGCGCAGUCUUACUGGUCUAUCGAUCCAUACGAUCGAUAUUUGGCCAGGGGACGGGUGAACUGGUCAGCCUCAGGACCUGAUCCUGAUGGGAGGGGUGCG